CACAUACACCGACCCCGAGAGGCAGGUGAAGGAAGUUGCAGCUGGGAAAAAAAAAAACACCACUCAGAUUUAAACUAAGAUGUAUAUCAAAUUCUAAAUUAGUUAGAGAGAAAUGAACGGCGACUGCCAAAUAUGAUUUCAUUUUCGGCAAGGAGGAGGUAAAUCUGUUCACAGUAACUAUCACUUCCUCAGGUAAUCCAGUGAACUGACUGACAGGCUUCAGGCGUUGAUAAGCAGAGGUGACACUGCUGCUGGACUCUCUUGAACUGGCUCAGUUUAACACUCGGGAUGUUUGCGAAGCUGAAGAAGAAGAUAGCAGAAGAGGCAGCGACCGUUCCCCGCUCCGGGGCAGGAGGGCGCAUUCCCAGAUCUGUCAGCAAGGAGUCCAUCACUUCAGUGGGAGCCGACUCUGGAGAUGACUUUGCCUCUGAUGGGAGCAGUUCCAGAGAUGAUCUGUCAUCCCAGCUCCUCAGAAGAAAUUAUCAAAUCAGGAAACUGGAGGCGAAAUUGUCAGAUUAUGCUGAACAGCUCCGAAUUUUGCAGAAGACGAAAGAGAAGCUUGAGAUUGCAUUAGAAAAACAUCAGGAUUCUUCAAUGAGGAAACUGCAAGAACAGAAUGAAGCAUACCAGGCCAGCCGAGCAAAGAUGUCUGAGGGAAUGGAACGGGCGUUAGAAGCAAAGGAUCAGGAAUGGAAAGAAAAGUUGUCAAGUCUUGAACAGGAGAAGAGUGCCCUCACAUUAAAGCUGGACGAAAUGAUGGAGCAGAGUUUGAAUCUGUUCCAGAAAAGAGACGAGAUUGACGAGCUGGAGGGCUUCCAACAGCAGGAGCUGUCUAAGGUUAAACAUAUGUUGAUAAGCAAGGAAGACCUUUUGAUGCAAAGGGAAAAGGCACUGGAGAAGCAUGUUUUAGAUCUGAAGCAGACCAGAGAGGAGCUACGGCAGACAAGUGAGAAACUGGCAAGCAUGGAAGAAAGCAAACAGUGCUUUGAGACUCGGAACAGAGAGCUUCAGACAGAAAGAGAGGAAUUGCUUGCUACACACUUGGAAGCAGAGAAAAAGAUAACCGAACUGGAAAAGAGAGGCCAGGAGCUACAGACUGUCGUUCAGCAAGUUUCAGAAGAUUUUCAGAAGGCUCAAAGUGCAGCUGCAAUGCUCGAGAAGACUUUAAGCUCCCUACAGUCAGAGCACGAGUCUCUAAAAUUACAGCACAAACAGCACAAACAAAAGAUGGCUAAUGUAGUGGAAGAGAAAGAUAAACAGAUCGCACAUCUACAAGUCAAAGUUUCUUCACUAGAGAAAAGGAUUGAUGGCAAUCUUUCAGAGGAUGAGCACUUGCAAGAGCUUCUUAAAGAGAAGUCAUCCCUGGAACAGAUGGUGGAAGAAGCCAGACAGCAACUGCUAGAGACCCGCACUAGCCACAGUGAAACUGUGUGCUUAUUGGAAGCACAGAUUUCAAAACUUAACAGCAAAGUAGCCGAAGUACAGACUUUACUGAAAUGUAAAGACGACUCUGCACGAUCGUUGAGAGAACAAAGCGAGAACCAGAUAAGUGAACUUGAACAAAGAAUACAAGAGUGUAACGAAAAAUUGAAGAAAAGUGAAGAACAAAUUAAUGACAAAGAAGCACAAAUUAAAAAGCUGUAUAUUGAUUUUGAAGCAGAGAGGAACAAACUUCAACAACAUAUCGCUGUUGGACGCCAUCAGAAUACAGAAAAGGUUAACAGAUUGGAAGCUCAGAUAUCUGCUCUUGAGACUGCCCGCGAGUUUGAUAAAACAGCUGCUCAGCACAGCAUAAGUCAACUUGAGCAGGAAAAUAAGAAUCUGAAAGAGAUAAGAACUGAAACAGAAAAUACUUUGAUGAAGCAGGAAGCUGAGCUGGAACGUGCAAAGGCUGAAUUACGUAGCAGAGAAACGGUUAGUGUGGAAAUUGCAAAAGCAUUAGAAGAAACUCAGAAGCAAAAGGAAGAACUUCAACAGCAGGUUACGAAGUUAACAAUAACUCUAAAUGACAAGGAUCAGUCAGUUAUAGAAAAAACCGAGGAGUUGACCAGGAUGGAAGAGGACAUGAAACAUCUUAAUCAAGAGUUCGAAGCUGUCCAGUCACAACUACAGCAGCGUCAGAUAGAGAUUGAGAGCAUGAGAAGGACAAUGGCUGGAAAAGAAGGUGCAGCAGAGACACAACUCAACAUCCAGAAACAGGAGGUGCGAGCACAGACAGAGCAGCUGGAGACCUGCCAGACUCAGGUGGUGCAUCUGGAAGCAGAGGUGCAGGCCCUGAACGAGAGGCUGAACCCCCCGGAGGAUGCUGGGAAAGAACAGAACGGGGCCGUUACUGCAGACGAUGUGUCCGAGAUUCAGAGAGUGAACCGGGAGCUGGAGCAGCAGGUUUCAGAGAAGAAUAAGACAAUUAAACAACUUCAACAGAGACUAGCAGAGCUGAAAAAGACACUCCUGAAAGAGUUGAAAAUAAAACCGGAAGCUGAAACCGCAGGUGUGAAAGAGAGGCUUGGCCCUGAACCCCCGACCAUCGUCAGCGCUGCCACUACAGUCAUAAACAACUCGGACAUCAGUGACUCACGGGAAAUCAACUUCGCGUACCUGAAACACGUCGUCCUCAAAUUCAUGUCCUCUCGAGAGGCUGAGGCGUACCAGUUAAUAAAGGCUGUGUCGAUGCUACUGAACUUCACACGAGAAGAGGAGGACAUGCUCAAGCAGACUUUAGAAUAUAAGAUGUCAUGGUUUGGGUCCAAACCUUCUCCAAAAGGUAUUAUUCGCCCCUCUGUGUCAGGUGACCCGACACACUGGAACUGAAUCAAGUUUGACACUUGGACCUAAGAACUGAAAGUGCCCUGGACGCAGCGAUGUGCGUGUGUAUGUGUGUAUGAGAAACUACAGUAGAAACCAGAGCAGAUCCACUUUCCAAGUGUUUCCAGAUCACUGUUAUUACAGUGUUUUAGUAUGAAGCUUUACUUUUUUUAAGGAAACUGUUUACAUCAAAGCGUCAUAUAAUGCAAAUUAUGAGACUUUCCUCUGGGGGCAAAUGUUUAUCAUUAGGGACAGAUUGUGGAGACUGUUGUUAAUAUGUGUUUGGGUUCUGUGAAAGGUAAUGUCUCUGGGUGCAGUAAAGGGGUGAAUGUCUGACAAAUUAUUUUUAAUUGCUGUGAUUUAAAUAAUGGAGAAUCAAACAAGUAGUGAGCAUCUUUUUUUCUUUUACAGAAGUGACUGUUUGUGAUUGUUGGGAUGGAUUUUACAGUUGCAUCGUCUCCAUUCAAAGCAUCCAUUUUAAAAGGAAAAUAUUUCACUGAAACCCCAGCUGUAUUGUUAAUGUAUACACUGAUACACUAUAGAUGUCACCCACAGGCAGCAUUGAAAUACUGCCCUCCAGUGUACUGCACAGUUUUAUCUAUAAUUCAGUACAUAUUGAUGUGCCCCAAAUAGGUGUAUGGCAUUUAGGAUUUAUGGAAGAAAUUAAUCGUAACUUAAGUAGUUUUUUCUGGCAAUUACAUUACCUUCUGGAUUGUGGACAUAUCUCAAUUGUAGCCUUACUGGAGAAGUUAACCCUCCUUCGUAUUAGAUUAUCGUAUAGACAUUUAUCAACAGCAAACGAUCCAUUGACGUUUUAUUUUUCGAAAUAAAGAACAAACAUUCGCUUUUAACAGAAGAUCCAAUAACUAAAAACAGU